AUGGGUUUUCCGGUGGGUUACACUGACGUGUUUCUCCCCAAAUUGGUCAUCCACCUGCUGACAUUUCUGGAAUUCGUUCGUAAAUUCGCGUCAGCCGUCCUCACGUUCCUCGGGCUCGGGGACGCCGCCUUGGAGCCUGAACCGGUGCCGGCGUACCCCGCACUGCACGAAUCCGGGUCGGAUAUCCGAUCGUUGACGGCUGCGCUCAUCCGAGAGGCGCUCCCGGUGGUGAGGUUCUCGGAUUUGGCGGAGGGGGCGGCGGAGAGCUGCGCGGUGUGCCUGUACGAGUUCGGCGGCGAGGACGAGAUCCGGCGGCUGGCGAACUGCCGGCACAUAUUCCACCGGAGCUGCUUGGACCGCUGGGUGGACCACGAUCAGAAGACGUGCCCGCUCUGCCGGACGCCGAUCGUCCCCGAGGGCAUGGAGGAGGCCUUCAACGAGAGGUUGUGGGCGGCGUCGGGGGUAUUGGAUCUGUACGGCGAACACUCGCCGGUAACGACUGGUUGGUGCUAA